ACUUAUAAAGAGUUGGAUGAUCGAGAACUCAUGCGCUUUGAUGUGAUAUUGUCUCAGGCAGAAAUGCCAGGGAACAGGGAACCAUUAUUGAACUCCAAGGUUUAUUUCUUCGAUGAUUGUCCAGGAUGCAAGCAAGACAGGAAGAAGGAAAGUAAUCCAGGGAUUCCCUACAAAGAGUUUUUCUAUGUGUGGAUAGUUACCCUCUGCACAGCUCUGCCAAUAUCAUCAUUGUUUCCCUUCUUGUACUUCAUGAUAAGAGACUUGCAUGUUGCAGAAAGAGAGGAAGAUAUUGGGUUCUACGCAGGUUUUGUUGGAGCUUCGUUUAUGGUUGGAAGAGCAUCUACUUCCAUGUUAUGGGGAAUAGUUGCUGACAAAUAUGGAAGAAAACCAGUUAUACUUAUCAGCAUCUUCUCUGUCGUCCUUUUCAACACACUCUUUGGUUUGAGUACAAGUUACUGGAUGGCUAUCAGUACAAGGUUACUACUUGGAUUACUAAAUGGUAUAAGUGGACCAAUAAAGGCUUAUUCUGUGGAAGUUUGUAGAGAAGAGCAUCAAUCUCUUGGAGUAUCUCUUGUAUCCACGGCAUGGGGCAUAGGCUUGAUCAUUGGCCCUGCUCUGGGAGGUUUUUUGGCUCAGCCUGCAGAAAAAUAUCCCAAAAUAUUCUCCCAAGGUUCUUUCUUUGCAAGGUUUCCUUACUGUUUGCCUUGUGCUCUUAUUUCACUUCUUGCACUUGGAGUUUUUAUAGCUUCUUUGUGGCUUCCAGAGACACUGCACAACCAUGAUCCGCAAACCAUGGCGGAUGUAGCAACUGAAGAUGUAGAAACAUCUAUAUGCAGCUCUGGCUUAAGAGGUGGACAUGGUGAAUUUGAGAAAAAUGAUGCUCCUUCAAAGAACUUACUCAAGAACUGGCCAUUGAUGUCAUCGAUCAUUGUUUAUUGUAUUUUUUCUCUUCAUGACAUGGCUUACAGUGAGAUAUUCUCAUUAUGGGCCGUUAGUGAUAAAAGCUAUGGAGGACUGAGCUUUUCAUCUCAAGAUGUUGGUGUGGUGCUUGCAAGUUCAGGUUUUGGUCUUCUAAUUUUCCAAGUUUUUCUUUAUCCUCCAAUUGAGAGGCUCCUCGGAUCCAUCAACUCGAUUCGUGUGGCUGCAGUUUUGUCUAUGCCUUUGCUUGCCGCUUAUCCAUUUAUGUCAAGUAUAUCAGGGCUUACACUCAAGGUCAUCGUGAAUUUCGCAUCUUUGCUGAAGAAUGUUCUUUCUAUGAUCAUCAUUACUAGCCUAUUCCUUCUGCAAAACAACUCGGUGCCUCGAGAACAAAGAGGAGCUGCAAAUGGGAUAUCUGUGACUGCAAUGUCCCUUUUCAAAGCAAUUGCUCCUGCAGCUGGGGGUGUCAUAUUUUCCUGGGCACAGAAACGCCAACAUGCCAUUUUAUUUCCUGGUGAUCAGAUUGUUUUCUUCAUUCUGAACCUGGUGGAAUUGACAGGCCUCCUCCUAUGCUUCAAGCCUUUCCUAACUCCUCCAAGAUAAAAUAGUACACAUGAGUAUUUGUAACCUCUUUUAAAUUAUUCAUCCUUCUGUAUGAAAGAAGGGUUAUCAUAAGAAUCGUUCUCCAUCCUCGUACAAUCACUCAUUUAUAUCCGUGUAUGUUCACUUGUAUGAGUGCGAUGUGAAUAUAAACAAUGAGAAAAUCAAUCAAAAUUACUCCACAAA